AUGUUCGACACUGAUAACAUUAACGAUAACAUAAACGAUAACAUUAACGAUAACAUUAACAAUAACAUUAACGAUAACAUAAACGAUAACAUUAACGAUAACAUUAACGAUAACAUUAACGAUAACAUUAACGAUAACAUUAACGAUAACAUAAACGAUAACAUUCAUUUUUGCAUUAAUCCUGCUGUGUUGUCAAAAUGUCAUGUUGUCAUCAUUUUUAAGAGAAGUUAA